AAUGAAUUAAAUACUUUGAAAAGAGAUAUUUUGACCCAUUUCAUGCACAAAAACGGAAAGAAGAAGACUUAUGCUUUAAAAUGAUGUAUCGUUUGGCCCAGGAACCUUCCUUGGAGCGUUUUCGGUCAUUUCGUGGUGUUGUUUAUCAACAAUAUUUUCGGUUAUUCCGAAGUCAAAGAUCUUGCAUGUGCAGCAUGGGCAAACUAGUGAUGUGCUGUAUGGAGCGCACCCACGACUCCGAUCCGACACCGACUAUUGUUAGUCCGAUUCCGACUCCGGCAAUAUAGAACCACUAGAUCCGCCCGGAAUCGUUCAGAGUCGUCUGGAGUCGUUCGGAGUCGUCCGGGGUCGUCGGAGUAGUGAUGAGUAAAGUUGGCAAAAAUCUGGAGUCGACUACGAUCCGACUCCGAUAAAUUCGGAAUCGACUCCGGAAGGUAGGUCCGCGCUGCAAUAUCCAGAGUCGUUUGGAAUCAUCCGAAAUGGCCCGGAGUCGCCCGGAGUCGUUCGGAGUCGCCCGAAGUCACCCGAAGUCGUUCGGAGUCGGGGUCGUCCGGAGUCGUCCCUAGUUGGAGUCGUCCGGAGUUGGAGUCGUCCGGAGUCGUCUGGAGUCAUCCAGAAUCGGCUGCGCACGGAGUCAUCCAUAGUCAUCUGGAGUCGGCCGAGGUCGGCUUGUAUAGGAAGUGCGCGCAAACAGAAAGACAAAAAACACAACGAAAGGAAAUGUCUGAUCACAAGGACAUUAAACCACACGGCUCCUGUUGACUCCGACCAACUCCGAUUCCGAAAGACUCCAUACAACUUUGGACUACUCCAACGACUCCGAACAACUCCAAACGACUCCGGACAACUCCGACUCCGGACGACUCCGAACUAGUGAUGGGUCAUCGGAAUCGCACCCACGGCUCGGAAUCGCUUCCUAGCAUUGCUACUCCGGCUCCGAUUCCGACAAAUUCAAACCGUCGAUUCCGCCCGGAGCCGUCGGAGCCUUUCGGAGCCGUCCGGAGCCAUCGGAGCCGUCCGGAGCCGGUCGGAGCAAUCGGAACCCUUGGCUUCGAGUUCGGAUUUUGCACCUACCUUCCGGAAUCGCUUCCGAUUUUGGCCGAGUCAUUCGGAAGCGAUUCUGGAUUUUUGUUGAUUUUACCCAUCACUAGUGUGUUGCGGCCGUCAAGGUGUUAAACUGUUCCUAGGUUCCUUCCAACAUUUUCGUUUUCGGUAAUUCCAUGCAAUUGUUUAUCAUCAACAUGUUUGGUUACUCCGAGGUCAAAGAUCUUGCAUGCAGCAUUCGCAUACCGUGAGCAUAGCGAUAACCUUCUCUCCUUACCCCGGACGACACCAUCCUGCAUCCACCUUAAACAUUAAUUGGCAAACAACGGGAAUCCCGAGAACAAACUGAUAUCUUUAGCCUUAUCAGGACACACAGACAACGAGAAAAUUGCACAUAAUUCAUCAUUGUUGUGUAAUUUCCAAACUAUAUGUACCGCGUGCCAGCGCGAAUUGGCAUUAGAAUCGUUUGCAACGCGAUCGUGUGUGGACAGACUGUAGUUGAAUGUGAACGUGAGCACCAUGGAAACGAAACGCUUGGCCAACGCUUGGGUGGCGAUUCUGCUCAGCUUCCUGGCAGUUGGGUUGAUCAGCACAAAUCAAGACGUUGAUACGUCCGAGUUAUGCCACGGGAAGUACUACUUCGGCAACACAUUUAAGAUCAACUGGUAUAAGGCGAUGAAUUACUGUAGAUCCCGCGGCAUGUUUCUGGUGUCGAUCAACAAUCAUGCACAGCUGAACGAUGUGAUCAGGUGCAUCCAGAAGAGCGGACACCUGAACCUGAACAACGACCUGGACAUGUGGACGUCCGGUAACGAUCUCGGGGAGGAAGGGCAGUUCUUCUUCUCUUCGACCGGCGAACGGGUGACGUUCAAUCGGUGGGACAAAGGUGAACCGAACAAUGCGAGGCACGGAAUGUGCUUAUACGAGAAUUGUGUCACGCUGCACUUCAAAUUGCAUUCCGUCAACUACACUUUGGGCGAUAGGCCUUGCGGGAAGGAAAAAUUCUUCAUGUGUGAAGCGUUGUAGGAUUAGUGUUGUAUUUGAGAGCUAAUCUUUGCUAAAAAGUACACUUUAAUGAGCUCCGCUGAACUUCUUCCAUUGAUAUGAUUUUACGCCAUGUGUACUGUAUGAUGUUGCUCAACCUAAAGGCCGGGCUAC